GUGAUUUAGUUGAUCCAUGCGGUCGCGCUCCCGCCUCCCAAACUAAAUAAUCGGUUUCGACACUGCGCUCAUCGUGUCUCGGCAUUUGUUGGACACUCAGUCACUGCCCCUAUCGUGUGCCCUCACUCUCUGUCCACCCUUAUGUCUCUUCCGCCUUCGCCGAGACUCCCCAAACCCCUUCCUCAAGUACCGGGGCCCAAACUCGUACCGUUUACUCGUACCGCCCACGCCGUUAUCCAGUUUGUAAAGGAACUCGGUAGUCCAGGCCAGGAUGGCCGCGUGUGGGAGGUUACCAUCAAAGGGAAACCCUACGCUUUGAAGAUGUUCAUGUUUUGCCCGACCGAUUACCUGAGAGACGAUCUGGCGGGCCAUCUUGUUCGGGACCUCUCCUCACCUCGCUUCUACACGGACUACUUCGACCCGUUCAGUUGCGAGUGCCGCGCGUAUGGUCGGCUCAAGGAAGAGAACAGGGAGCACCUCGCUGUCCGGUCUCACGGCUACCUGCUUCUCACCCCCGCCCAGGAGCUUGAGAUCACCAGAUCGAUUGCCGGGUCCGAGCCAAGCAGGAGCAACAUCUGGGACCGGAGUGAAGAGCAUCAGCACCUCCCAAUUCAGGCCAUUGUUAAGGAUCUCGCCGAAAGCCAAGAACCUUUUACUGCAAAGCAGGUACCGGACAUGUGGGCAGAUUUGAAAGAGCUUCACGAGUUGGGCAUUCUGGUCCGGGAUAUCAGGAUCUUCAACUACCUGGGUGGGAAACUCAUCGACUUCAGCAGAUCUUGGUCGACGCCCCAUCCCGGCUACGCGGCCCUCUACUGGGCCGAUGAAGGGGAGGAGAGGAGUGGAGACGCACACGGCUUGAACAAGGCGGUCAUCGAAUGGGGUAUUGGCAAUCAUUGGGAUUGGGACGAAGUUGUCAUCCCCGAUGAGAUGGUCAACUGCGCCUCCGGGAGGGGUCCAAACCAGUACGGAGUCGACCCAAGGCUCUACAACUGGCUUAAAUGGGAGAAGAACCCUGUCGCUGCGUCUGCGUUCUUGGAGGAACAUGUGCUCGAGAAGCCUGUAGAUAAUGGUGAAUAUUUGCGUACAUGGGGUGUGUAGAUAAAU